AUGAUGAAUACAUUGCAAAGUUUUUUUGGCCCCGGCGAGGGGUGUCAGAUUGAGUGCUCUGUGCGCAUGUGCGAAGGUGUCCAAACUGACAAUACUGGAGAGAUGAAGAUAGUGUGUAGCCGCUCCUGGACUGGAGGAGGAGGAGAGAGAUUCCGCGAGCCGGCAACAUGCGCUCCAAGGCGCGGGCGAGGAAGCUAGCCAAAAGUGACGGCGACGUUGUAAAUAAUAUGUACGAGCCUGACACGGAGCUGCUGGCCGGCCAGAGCGCCGAGGACGAGACGGAAGACAGCAUCAUGUCCCCCAUCCCCGUGGGGCCACCGUCGCCCUUCCCCAGGAGCGAGGACUUCACCCCCAAGGAGGGCUCCCCCUACGAGGCGCCCGUCUACAUCCCGGAGGACAUCCCGGUCCCGCCCGACUUCGAGCUGCGUGAGUCGUCCAUCCCGGGCGCCGGCCUGGGCAUCUGGGCCAAGAAGAGGAUGGAGGUCGGGGAGCGGUUUGGGCCGUACACGGUGGCGCCCCCGGCGGUGCUGAAGGAGGCCGGCUUCGGAUGGGAGCAAAUGCUGGUGGAGGCGGAGGCGGAGGUGGGGGCGGAGACGUCGCCCCAGGAGAGCUGCAUCAGGAAGCAGCUCUCCGAGGACCUGGGCGCGGAGAAGUUCUGUGUGGACGCCGGCCCGGCGGCGGGCAGCUGGCUCAAGUACAUCCGUGUGGCGUGCUCCUGUGAUGACCAGAACCUCACCAUGUGCCAGAUCAACGAGCAGAUUUACUAUAAGGUCAUCAAGGACAUCGAGCCGGGCGAGGAGCUGCUGGUGCACGUGAGGGAGGGCGCCUACGCCCUGGGCGCCGUGCCGCCCGCACUGGAUGGGGAGCCCGCCUUCCGCUGUGAGGACUGUGACGAGCUCUUCCAGUCCAAGCUGGACCUGCGGCGCCACAAGAAGUACGCGUGCGGCGUGGUGGGAGCCGCGCUGGACGAGGGCCUGGCUGAGGGGCUGCAGCCCCAGGGCCUCGGCGGGGGCGGCGACGGGCAGGCCCACGAGUGCAAGGACUGCGAGAGGAUGUUCCCCAACAAGUACAGCCUGGAGCAGCACAUGGUGGUGCACACGGAGGAGCGGGAGUACAAGUGUGACCAGUGCCCCAAGGCCUUCAACUGGAAGUCCAACCUCAUCCGCCACCAGAUGUCCCACGACAGCGGCAAGCGCUUCGAGUGUGAGAACUGCGUGAAGGUGUUCACCGACCCCAGCAACCUGCAGAGGCACAUCCGCUCGCAGCACGUGGGCGCCCGGGCGCACGCCUGCCCCGACUGCGGCAAGACCUUCGCCACCUCGUCCGGCCUGAAACAGCACAAGCACAUCCACAGCACCGUCAAGCCGUUCAUAUGUGAGGUGUGCCACAAGUCCUACACGCAGUUCUCCAACCUGUGCCGGCACAAGCGCAUGCAUGCCGACUGCCGCACGCAGAUCAAGUGCAAGGACUGCGGGCAGAUGUUCAGCACCACCUCCUCGCUCAACAAGCACCGGCGCUUCUGCGAGGGCAAGAACCAUUACACGCCGGGCGGCAUCUUUGCCCCAGGCCUGCCCCUCACCCCCAGCCCCAUCCUGGACAAGGCGAAACCCUCCCCCAGCCUCAACCACGCCGGCCUGGGCUUCGGCGAGUACUUCCCCUCCAGGCCGUGCCCCGGGAGCCUCCCCUUCUCCACGGCGCCCCCGGCCUUCCCGGCCCUCACCCCCGGCUUCCCCGGCAUCUUCCCUCCAUCCCUGUACCCCCGGCCGCCACUGCUACCUCCCACGCCGCUGCUCAAGGGCCCGCUGAACCACACCCAGGACGCCAAGCUCCCCAGCCCCCUGGGGAACCCGGCCCUGCCCCUCGUCUCGGCCGUCGGCAACAGCGGCCAGGGUGCCGCGGCAUCCGCGGGGCCUGAGGAGAAGCCGGAGGGCUGCCUGGAGGAGGCGCUGGUGGAGAAGCUCAAGACCAGGAGCAGCGACCUGUCGGACGGCAGCGACUUCGAGGACAUCAACACCACCACGGGGACCGACCUGGACACCACCACAGGGACCGGCUCGGACCUGGACAGCGACGUGGACAGCGACCGCGACAGGGGCCAAGGCGCCGGCAAGCCGGCUGAGGGCAAGCCCGCGUAUGGGGGCGGCCCGGCACCCGCGGGGACGGCCAACAGCGUGGCCGAGGUGCCCGUCUUCUACCCCCAGCACUCCUUCUUCCCGCCGCCCGACGAGCAGCUGCUGACGGCCUCGGCCGCCGCCGGAGACUCCAUCAAGGCCAUCGCGUCCAUCGCCGAGAAGUACUUCGGGCCCGGGCUGAUGGGGAUGCAGGAGAAGAAGCUGGGCUCGCUGCCCUACCACUCGGUGUUCCCCUUCCAGCUGCUGCCCAACUUCCCCCACUCGCUCUACCCCUUCACGGACCGCGCCCUCACCCACAACCUGCUGGUCAAGGCCGAGGCCAGGGCCCCCCGCGACACCCUCAAGGCGGGCGGCCCCAGCACCGAGUGCCCCUUCGACCUCACCACCAAGCCAAAGGACACGAAGCCCGUCCUGCCCGCGCCCAGGGCGGCCCUGGCCCCCGUGUGCGGCGAGGAGCAGCCGCUGGACCUCAGCAUCGGCAGCCGGGCCCGCGCCAGCCAGAACGGGGGCGGCCGGGAGCCCCGGAAGAACCACGUCUACGGCGAGCGGAAGCCGGGGGCCGGCGAGGGGCUGCCCAAGGCGUGCCCGGCGCAGCUGCCCCAGCAGCCGUCCCUGCACUACGCCAAGCCCUCGCCCUUCUUCAUGGACCCCAUCUACAGCAGGGUGGAGAAGCGGAAGGUGGUGGACCCCGUGGGAGUCCUGAAGGAGAAGCACCUGCGGCCGUCUCCGCUGCUCUUCCACCCCCAGAUGUCAGCCAUCGAAACCAUGACGGAGAAGCUGGAGAGCUUCGCGGCCAUGAAGGCCGACUCGGGCAGCUCCCUGCAGCCCCUCCCCCACCACCCCUUCAACUUCCGGUCCCCGCCCCCGACACUCUCGGACCCCAUCCUCAGAAAGGGCAAGGAGCGAUACACCUGCAGGUACUGCGGGAAGAUCUUCCCCAGGUCAGCCAAUCUCACCAGACACCUGAGGACACACACCGGGGAGCAGCCGUACAGGUGUAAGUACUGCGACCGCUCGUUCAGCAUCUCGUCCAACCUGCAGCGGCACGUGCGCAACAUCCACAACAAGGAGAAGCCCUUCAAGUGCCACCUGUGCAACCGCUGCUUCGGGCAGCAGACCAACCUGGACCGGCACCUCAAGAAGCACGAGCACGAGAGCACGCCAGUGAGCCAGCACUCCGGCGUCGUCACGAACCACCUGGGCACCAGCGCCUCCUCCCCCACCUCGGAGUCGGACCAGCACGCACUUUUAGACGAGAAGGAAGACUCCUAUUUCUCUGAGAUCAGAAACUUCAUCGCCAACAGCGAGCUGAGCCAAGCGUCCACGCGCACAGACAAGCGGCCGGCGGUCCAGGACCUGGACGGGAGCCCCCAGUGUCCGGGCUUGGCCAGCGAGAAGCCGGAGGACGGGGAGGAGGAGGAGGAGGAGGAGCUGGAGGAGGACGAGGACAGCCUGGCCGGGAAGUCCCAGGAGGACGCCGUGUCACCCACGCCCGAGGCCCAGGGCGCCUACGACGAAGAGGAGGAUGAGGAGCCGCCCACCUCCUUGGCCGUGGGCUUCGACCACACCCGAAGGUGUGUUGAGGAGCGAGAAGGCGGCCUGGUAGCUCUGGAGCCAAUGCCGACCUUCGGGAAGGGGCUGGACCUCCACAGAGCAGCCGAGGAAGCAUUUGAAGUGAAAGAUGUGCUUAAUUCCUCCGUAGAUUCGGAGACUUUAAAACAGGCCCUGUACAGGCAGGCUAAGAGCCAGGCGUACGCAGUGAUGCUGUCCCUCUCCGAGGAUGCCGCUCUCCACACCCCCUCCCAGAGCUCGCUGGACGCUUGGCUGAACAUGGCGGGAGCCGCCUCGGAGUCCGGCGCCUUUAACCCCAUGAACCACCUCUGAUGGGCCCGGAGUCCAGAGCGAGGGCGCCGGCUGCCCAGGAUGAAGGCGAGGCCAGGGAGAAGCCCCCGUGUCACCUCCUCCGACCACCCCCACAGCCGUCCCCUGCCCGCGUGGGCCGCGUCGAACUUUCCCAAUGAAGACUCAGAAGCUGCAAGCCCCGGGGCUGGAGAGGAGCUCCUUCCUCGUCCCUGGGAACCGGCCCUGGGCCUGGUCAGUCGAGCACCAGCCUCGCCUCCCGGAGCUGCCGCCCCAAAGCAGCCCAGGCCGGGCCAGGAGCUGGGCCGCUUCUGGGCACCCAGGAGUCACCGGGAAGGGACCGGCCCGGUGCAGGUGCGCUCUGCCGAGGCCGGGCGCGGGCGCUUUUUAUAAUGAGAAUGACAAGAGUGACGCUUUUGGUAAUCUUAUUGACUACAGAUUCUAUUUAAGCAUGUGGGUUUUAAAAAUAGACAGUAUUUUUUAAAAAUCAAAAAAAUGACUUGCAAAUCGUUUUUUAAAAGUAAUUUUGCAUCGCUUUGAAAUCUCAGCUUCCCGCAAACCCGGGCGCUGGGAGCAGCACCGUGCUGGGGCGAGCUCUUUGUACUGUAGAUAACGGAGGUUUUCUAUCUCGGGUCCCAUUUGUACAAGCCAGGUUGAUGCCGGCUGCCCCGAGGCAGAGCGUGGGGCGCAGACUGGACCGAGGCGUCUCAGACGCAGUGCCCGGGCUGCAGGCCUGCCCGGGGCCAGGACCUG